CCGGUUCGAGCGCCAUCUUGAUAGUUAGCAUCGUGAUUAAUUACUUUGUUUUUUGCUUAUUAAUAUUGUUUAAAGUGUAAUAUCGAUAGCUUAUUAUACAGUAAACUAAUGUGGUAGUGUGCAGUGAAUGGAGAAUUAAUUUUGAAGCGCGUUUAACCACCAUCUUGGAGUCAACGGCCGGUAGUCCACGUGCUUCUUGUAAAGACUAGCUAUCGAUUUACAAGAGCUAACAAAUCACCGUACACUGUCUUGUACAACCGUACAAUUUUUGUCGUUUGUAAACCUCUCAAUACCUUGAUACUGGCGAAAUAGUCCCACUGGGCUGAAGCCAUAAUUUUAAAAGAAGAAGAAGAAGAAGAUGUUGAAUGGAGUGAGGUUAAAUUAAAUUUUGUUUUGAGUUGUUAUUAGGCUUAAAACUUAAGCACAGAUAUUGCAGUGGAGUUACAUUAAAGUUUUAAAAUAUUAAAAACAAGCAAUUUUAUUACAGCACUAUGGCACCCGGCAAAAACCUCAAAAAUCGCAGUAAACGCUCCAACCAACAAACCGAAAGGGACUAUGCAGAGAGAUUAAAUGAGCUUACUGUAGCAUCAUCAGAAGAUAGCGAUGACAGCAGCUCUGAUGGAGAAGGAACUGAAGCAUCCUUUACUGUAGCCAUGUGGGAUUUAAAUCACUGUGAUCCUAAGAAAUGCUCCGGAAGAAAACUUCUACGACACAAAAUCAUAAAAAACCUUAAACUCGGGCAGCGGUUUCCAGGAUUAGUGCUAUCUCCAGUUGGCACCCAAUGCGUCAGUCCUAAUGACAAGGAAAUUAUUGAAAAAUCAGGACUUGCAGUCAUAGACUGUUCAUGGGCUAAAAUUGAUGAAACACCUUUUGGUAGAAUGAAAUCACAUCACCCGAGGCUAUUGCCAUUUUUAGUCGCAGCCAAUCCCAUAAACUAUGGUAAACCUUACCAACUGAGUUGUGUGGAAGCAUUGGCAGCUGCUAUGUAUAUAACGGGACAUAAAAAGGAGGCGCAGUUCUACCUUUCAAAGUUUUCAUGGGGUCAUUCCUUUUUGGAACUUAAUAAUGAAGCAUUAGAUCUGUAUGCAGCUUGUACAGACAGCAAAAGUGUUCUGGAAGCGCAGGCAAAAUAUCUGGAAUCUGCUCAAAAGCAAGAAGACACAAGACCCAUGUGGCCACCCAGUGAUAGUGAUUCAGAGUCAGAGGAUCACAGCUAGCACUUCAAUAAUCUCUUAUGAUGUAAAUGUGUAUUGAUUGUUGUCCAAUUAUAUUUAUUGUUCCAAUC